ACCAACAUGGCGGACAGUUGCCCUGAUUUUUCAUUUUGACACCAAACAAAACGCCCGUUACUCCCUACCCUGAUCCCUACUCAUGACUUAAUCCCGUAGACUGUUAAGGUUAACCCAUAGCCAUGGCUGAAUGCGCAACAUUAGAUGUUGGGGCCGCUGAGCCUGGCAAUGCAACAAAUGGAGUGGAGUUUCCUCCUGGUGCAAAACUGUCCUUGCAAGAAGAGUCGGAACUUGCUUCAAAAGGGGUCUACAUGCUUCUCAACAAUGGCAUGGGGGAGGCAACAGAACUCUUCAGAAAAUACAAACACGGCAGUCCCUUGCUCAGUUUUGGAGACAGCUUUGUCACAUUUAUGCGUGGCAUCAUGACAUUUGAGGAGGAGCAGUUAUCAGAAGCAAAGAAAUCCCUCCAAGAGACAGAAAAGAGAUGUGAUAUUCACAGUGGCUUCUUCCAUUCCAUGAAGAGUACGUUCUCAUUAAAAAAGCCUGAGAAACCAGUGUUCAGUUUAGAAGAGCGGCUACAACGGACAAUCAUUGUGGCGGACUGCUUACACUUCCAAUCAUUCCUCACAUUCCUCAACCAAGACGUGCCAAGCUUCAUCAAGGGCGGAUGGACCAUGCGCAAGGCGUGGAAGACCUACGAGAAAACCUAUAAAGAGAUCAACAAACUUUACGAAAAUGCCAAAAAAUAUGAGAGAAUGCGCCACACGAAUAGUUCAGGUGCUAUGAACGGAAAUAAUGGAGUCAAAAUACAGCGGAACUUUUCACUUCCGGAUGCAGAAACCAUGGCGAAAAUGGAGGAAGAAGCUGACCAGAGUCUUUCCAUACAGACGUUAGAACGUCUGCUCGGGUCUGUUAGCUUCGGUUACGGGCUGUUGCUGUUGGUCAUGUCGUGUGUGCCGCCAAAAAUUCUGAAGAUUAUAGAGUUUUUGGGAUUCGAGGGAGAUCGGGAAGCUGGUGUGCAGGCGUUGGAGUUCUCGAGUAACAGUACGGACAUGAAGGCUCCCUUUGCUACGCUAAGCCUCCUUUGGUACCAUACCCUCCUGCGGUCUUUCUUCUCCUUAGACGGUGGAAACAUCCUGGCAGGAACAGAGGAAGCCAGCGCCCUCCUGGAAAAGAGCGAGGCAAACUUCCCCAACGCUGCUCUCUUUUUGUUCUUCAAGGCGCGUGUGCUUCGACUGAAGAGUGAAGUUGAAGAUGCCCUGAUGACAUACAAUAUGGCGUUGGAAGCAGCGGCUGACCAGCGAGAGAUUCAGCUCAUCUGCGUGUACGAGAUCGGAUGGGGCUGCCUCAUGAAGCUGAGUUGGAAGGAAGCUUUGGAUUGUUUCCAUAGGUUGAAAGAAGAGUCCCGUUGGUCAAAGUCUUAUUAUGCCUACCUCACGGGAUUGUGCCAUGGUGCCUUAGGUGAUCUCAACGCCGCCCAUAAUAUCUUCAAAGAAGUGCCAGGUCUCGUGAAGAGGAAGAAUAAUCAAAUAGAGGACUUUGUCACAAAGAAGUCUGAGCGACUAAAGAAGUCUCCUCCAAACCAAGACCAGAUCGUCAUGCUUGGACUUGAGGUCCUUUAUCUAUGGAAUGCUCUGCCAACUUGUACACCAGAAUACUUACAUGCCAUGUUAACAGAGUGUAACAACCUCAAAGACAAGUCAUACUUCCACUUGCGAGCGUUGGUGGAGGGCGGCAUCCAGAAGCAGUUGGGGAAUGAGGAGGCUGCGAUCACAUUGCUGGAGGAAGCCAUCGCCCUCCAGUCUCAUCACAAGGACGACGGACAUGUGACGCCAUUCGCUUGGUUUGAACUUGGUACUCUUUAUGCCUCCAAUCCCCAGACGAUGCAGAAGGGGAAGGAAUGUCUGACCAGAGCAAAGGACUAUCCCGAAGGUUUUCCUCUCGAGAACCGUUUAACAAUGCGGAUUUUGGCAGCCAGUCGACUCCACAAGUUCAAUCUUCAUACACAGCCUACAUGAUAAAUACAAAGACUACGACUUUGAAAAUCGACUUCACACCCGUCUCCACGCUGCAAUAAAACAGAUUAAACGUGAUGGUGUCUAUGGCAAAUAGGGAGUUGACAGGUCUUCACCUGGUGAAUUAUCGUCCUGUCCAUGUAUCUCAGCAUGCAUGGUGGGAGACUUAAUGUACCAUUGAAAUGUCAGAGUCAGCAAGGUUUAGAAUGAUUGAUAAAAACGUUCAAAGAAGAUUGUGUCCAUUCACAAUCUCCUGGUGGGCCUUGUUAAACUCUGUUUGACUCUGCAGUCAAGGUUUAGGACGUGAGGGGGGACAACAUGCAGGAGCUAGGAGGCUCCUGUAGCUGGAUCAACUGUACAUUUCUGUCUUUUUUCUGUUUUGUCCUUGGCAUAUUGUGCAUAAUUUAGGAAACUGUGAUGCAGGGCUACAGAUACUAUAAAAUUUGUGAUAUUUUUCUCCUAUACAAUACAUGUAUGUAGAUACUUUCUCCACAGUAACCUAGGCUCUUUCAGGUCUGCUCAAAUUUUAAUGAUAUUAUCAUUAUUUGUUUCUAUUGACAUUUGUUGUUGAAGUCAAUCAGGAGGAAUUGAGGGUUGCAUGUUCACUGCACUAGGAGCUGUCUUUAAGGUACAUGGACCAACCCUUGUGUCCUUGGGUAGGUCCCACCUGGCUUUGGUUAAUGAUCUGGUACCGAGUGGCUCUCAUGUAAAUCAAUUUCCGUCAUUAGUUUGUUGUAUAUAUGUACGGUGUUGCAGAUUUCACGAAAGAUUGAUAAAUUACAAAAUGUCAUUCAUCCGAGAAAGUAAUGAGACAGUCGAUGUUCUUUUAGCUGAUUAUCAUCUGGUAGUCGUAGAAAGGUCUAUUGAAAAAGAAAUUCUUUUACCAACCAAUUGAACUGCCUUGUGGCGAACAACACUGAACACUUGAUACAACUGACAGCGAAGUGGAUCGUUAAUUGCUUUGGGAUUAAAAGAUGGUAAUUUGCAAUUUGUGAUAUUUGCCAAACCUCACUAUUCACUGAGAUAUAACUGUUGUCUUGGUUACUGGUAGUUCUUAAAGGUGUCUGUUUUUGUUUUUAAAUGAUUUUGUGAUAUGUUAACAAUUCAUACAAAUAUUUCUUGUUUAACAGUACAGUUAUUAGACUCGAACAUUCUUUAGAGGUUAAAUGUGUUACUGUAACGUGUGCUGCGUGUAACGUAAAACUAUAACUUACGUUUUGGUGUGCAACUCUCUGGUUGUGUGUAUAUGUUGGAAAUUUUUAUUUUUAUACUAUAGAUAAGGAUGAACUCAAAUGUUUAUGUACCAAUAUACAUAUCAGCAAUGUAUUCAUUUGAAUUACUUGAGAGUUCUACACUGCUCAGAGUUUUAUGCUAACUUCUGGAAAAGUUUAUUAAAAUAUCUUCAU